GUCUCCUGGAGACUCGCUAUCAGUUUUAUUCGCUAGAGACGUCUUCCCGGAGAAGCACGUGUGGGUCUCGGUUAGCCGGAUUAGUUUAGGGGUUACUUUUUUUCUUUAUUAAACGGUUGUGGCGAAGGUUCCGUUCCGUUCCGUUGGUUGUCGCGGUCUUGAGAGAUACCUGACUAGCACCUGGUAGUAGCAUUUCUUCGGCUAGAGUACGCGGGAUCACCUCAACGGAUCGAUCCGGGUGCGUAAGUGCGUCACGCGCUUUUUGCGACAAUCUGUGGUAAAUAACAAUACCUAUCUACAAUUGACAAACAGGGAAAUAAUAACGGCAGCAAAAGUGAGAGAAAGUGAUUAUCUGGUAAAAAGAUCUGUAAAAAAUAUUAAUUCAAACAUAUCUUGGUGUAGUGUUGUUUCUGAGAAGAAGAUUCUUGUGACAUUCCAUUGAGCUGAGCAACAGUAAAAGUGAACCUGAAUCGUCUGGAAGGAGUAAAAGCGGUGCGGAUUUUUCAAAUUUUUGUUCAUACAGGCCCUGCAGAGAAGCUCCCGCUAUGAGGAGCUUACGGAAAGCUCCUUGUGAGCUUUGGGAUACCUUUCGAAUAUACCUCGCACUAACGAUACUUUCGUUCCACGUAGCAGCCCCGGCAAACGAAAUUUGGCCGGUGGAGCGACCGGAUGGCAUGCCCCACAUCACAGCCCUGGAAGUCAUGUGCGGCAAAGAUCACAUGGACGUGCACCUGUCGUUUUCGGCGCCAUUUGAGGGCAUCGUUAGUUCGAAAGGACAACACAGCGAUCCCCGGUGUAUCUACGUGCCGCCCUCGACCAGUAAGACGUUCUUCACGUUCCGGAUUUCGUACUCCCGGUGCGGUACCAAGCCGGAUCUAAAUGGGCAGUUCUACGAGAACACCGUGGUCGUUCAGUACGACAAGGACCUGCUGGAGGUGUGGGAUGAGGCCAAACGGUUGCGCUGCGAGUGGUUCAACGAUUACGAAAAAACGGCCUCCAAACCACCGAUGGUGAUCGCCGAUCUGGACGUGAUUCAGCUCGACUUCCGAGGCGACAACGUCGACUGUUGGAUGGAGAUACAGCAGGGCAAGGGUCCGUGGGCUCCCGCCGUCAGCGGAAUCGUCCCGCUGGGCUCGACGAUGACUCUGGUGGUGGCGAUCAACGACUUCCGGGGUGAAUUCGAUAUGCGGGUAAAAUCGUGCAUGGCCUCGGAUGGUGCCGGUCACGUGAUCAAGCUGUCGGAUGAGUACGGCUGUGUGCUGCGACCGAAAAUGAUUUCCCGAUUCUUGAAGGCACGCGCUCCGGACGAUAAGGCCUCGGUUAUCACGUAUGCAUUCUUCCACGCUUUUAAGUUCCCGGAUGCGUUAAGCGUACACAUUAAGUGUAAGGUUGAGAUCUGCCGACAUGGAUGUUUGGACCAUUGUCAGCAUAGUGGAGCGGUAGGAGGAGCAGGAGGCAAGAAACAUCACGACUUAUUGGAACGAAAGGACACAAUCGAUAACCAUCAGAACAGUAACGAUGUACUGCAGGACUCCAGUGAGGACGACUCAGGUGCCAACAUUCAGGACGUAUUCUACGAUGACAUUAUCCACACGGAUAAGAACUUCCAGCAACAACCGCCACCACCACCUCCACCAUCGAUGAUGAAGAAAGCGCCGAUGCCCGCGAUCCAAAAGAAGAAAGACAGCGGCUACCUGCAGUACCAUCACCAUCACAACCGGGACCCUCUGGACGAACUGGAGUCACUGUUCUUGAACGAUCACUCGAUGAUGCCCGCCGAGAUGUUGAAGAAGCAAUCGCCUCAGAUGCAGCAAUCGCCACACCCUCAAACUCUUCCCCAGAAGCAGUUGCCAAACAAACCAGUGACCCUGGACGAUGAGAAAUUCCCUCACGGUCCACGACAGAUGGAUGCCGAAAAACGCAUGGGACUGCCGGCAGUUGCUGGCCCUCGUACUCUUAAUCUGGACGAUGAAGACGUCCAGAAUCCGAAGUACGUCAACGAGGUUCCAAAGAAACGGCAGCGUCGAUCGAUCAAGAUCACCGAUAGGAAAGUUCGGUCCACCGAUGUCGGUGUGAGUGGAAUUUACGAGGUCAUUUCCGAAGCCGAUCUGGCCUUCAACCCCGACAGUAAACAGGAAGCUGUUACCGUAUUCCAGGGUAAGAUCACCGAAGAAGUAGUCUACGGUAUCUGCAUGCCCGUACCGGGUUUCAGUAUUUUGUUCAUUCUGGUAAUUUCGGCGACAAUCAUCUCGGCUUUGGUGGCUGGAUCGCUACUCUAUCGGUAUCAACUGCAAAAAGAACUACUGGCUCAACAGCAGAGUGGAGCCGCGCCUGGACACCUUCCCCCGAAUAACUUCGCCACCUGGAUGACGCUGCGAUUAUUCCGAUCCCGGCACCACCAGGCAACUUCUCUGGGCGCUCGGAAUCCUCUGGACAUCAGUACGACGGCUCAGUGAACGAACGAUCGGUCGAAACAUGAGUCAGGGAUCGCAUUUGAUUGAUCACCGAGAACACAUAAUGCAGUCUGUCCAGGUGAUGGUGAUCGACGAUGAACAUAACCUCAACGAUGACACCCCCAAUAACACCAGCAAAAGUGGCGUCUGCUGAUGAUGAUCGUUCAUGUCAGUUUCACUCUAACCCUACUUUUAUGUGCUCACGCGUACUUUUAAGCCCCCAAUUGAAUCAUCAUUCUUCUUUCGGGUUCAUUGCAAUAUUUAUUUAAAAACAUCACUCUCAUUAUUUGAUCACUUUGAACAAAAGAAAAAAAUCAUACCGACUUACUUGUAGACUCAAAAAGAAAUUUGAAAAGGGACGCGAGGCGAGAGUCUUUGAAAAAAAAAACGAAUUUGACGAUAGUAGCACUAGUUAGCAAAUUUGGCCGUUAUGUAUUAGUAGUUGAUUAUUUUGUACUUGUUUGUUUUAGGGCUUUUACGAAAGCUUGAAUAAAUUGAAUUCUUUUUAGAAUAAAAAUGUCGACACGGCGCGGAAGUAAUUAUACAUAAUAAAAUAACAAAAGCAAGCACAAAGAUUACACUAAAUAAUUGAAGAAAAAAAACCGGACAGCGAUAGCGGAUAGCUUAUUGAGUUAUAUAGGACUGUUAGGUACCGGAAAUACAACAGCGUCAUAGAAAAGGGUCACAGGAAAAAUCAUCAAUAAUUUGUUUAAUUUUGUUUUAAAAGUCAACCCUGGUUGACUGACAGUUAGUAGCGAUGUGUGUUUGUGUUUCUGUUGGAAACGCCAAGAAAAAAUGCUCAAUAUUUAGCUUUUUAGUACUACAGUAUAACAAACAACACACAGCAGAAGUGCGUAAGUUGGUCAAAACUGACCAAGGAUGCCUAUUUAAGUUAUUUAAUUUAUUCUACAUAUGUACGUUUGUUCUACUAGUUGAUCGGUUUUGUGCAUUUGGGACGAGAAAAAUACAAUCGACCGUGCUGCAAGAUAUCAACUAUUGGAACAAUCAUCCCCCCCUACCCAAUGGUUAGUACUAUAAGACGAAAGAAAAUCCGUUUUGUAAAGACGAAGGAGUUGACGAUGCGAUGGAAGACGUUUUGUUAUGAGCAGUUAACAAAAACACAGUAUUGUAUAAAAUAU